AUGGCAGUGUCUCUACGGCUAUCAACCUGCCACCAGCAGGGAGUGUGCCAGCCGGUGUUGACACACACACCGCCGGCACUGAGUGUCUCUAAGGUUGUUAAAGCACCACCGGCAACGGGUGUCAGUGUCCCUGGAGUUGAUAAAGCACCACCGACGACGGGUGUCAGUGUCCCUGCGACUGUUAAAGCGCCACCGACAACGAAGCCACCCACAACGAAGUCACCCACAACGAGACCUCCCACGGCGGGACCACCUACGACGAGACCGCCAGUAACGAAACCACCCACAACGAGACCGCCGACAACGGGAGUGUCUACGAUUGUCAAGGCACCGCCAACAGUCCCCCUCCUAACACCCUUGAUCCGGCCCCCCAUCCCUCCACCUCCUAAAAUCCUCGUCCAUUUCAUCCGCCACACCAAGGCAGUCCAGGACUACGACCGCAACAACCGCACGAUCAUACCUGCCACAAUCCGCAAUCACUUCCCCCGCGUCGGAGUGACACACAUCGUCACCUUCCCACUAAAGCGCACGGUCGAGACGUCUCUGCGAAUCUUCUUCCCUCUCCCUCCUAACUCUCCGAAAAUACAAGCCCAGAUCGUCCCUGCGCUGCGCCCGGUCCCGCCGCCGACUCUGUUCAACAUCCCCUCGCACCCUAAAGCGCUCCGUGCCAUGCUUUCGACAGGGUACCAUGCGCAGCAUCGCGAUGCGGUGGAUUGGUCGGGGCUGCCGGCGUAUCCGAACCAUAGUACCACGUUGACGUCUCAUGCGCGGACACCGGCAAUGAAUCGGAUGAUGAUGUGUGCGGAUGCGGCGAGGGAGGGGAGGGGUUGA